AUGGAUAAGACGUGGAUUUGGCUUCCAAGGAAUAGCCACGAGUAUUCAGAAGGAGCAACUAAUUUCGUGAAUUCGUCAGCAAGAAGAUUGGGAAGUCUUCUUGAAAUGCUAUGCCCUUGUAGAGACUGCCGCAAUCUGAGCCAUCAGUCACUGGAUAAAAUUGUGGAGCAUUUGGUGAUUAGGGGUAUGGAUAAGAAGUAUAAGAGUUCUCGUUGGAGUAUUCAUGGUGAAAAAAGAGAUUCUGCAGAAGACAGUGUACUUCAAUGUGAAACAGAGGCAUUUGAUUUGUUUAAGACAGCAUUCUCCAUGGACGAAGGUGGUCCAAACCCGACAACUGACAACGAAGAUGAUGAAGCACCAGAGGAACUUGAGUUUACAAAAAAGCUAAGAGAUGCUCAAACGCCAUUAUACUCGGGUUGUCUCAAGCACACAAAGGUUUCAGCUAUCAUGGGACUUUACAGAUUCAAGGUUAAAAGUGGUGUGUCGGAGAACUACUUUGAUCAGCUGUUGGUUUUACUUGAGGAUUUGCUACCUGAAGACAAUGUUCUUCCCAAGAGUUUAGCUGCAAUCAAGAAAUUUCUGAAGAUCUUUGGGUUCGGCUACGACAAUAUCCAUGCUUGCAAGAAUGAUUGCAUACUGUAUAGGAAGGAGUACGAGAACCUACAAAGCUGUCCAAGAUGCAAAGUUUCAAGAUGGGAAAUGGAUAAGCACAGUAAUGAGAUAAAGGUGGGGAUUCCGGCAAAGGUCCUAAGAUAUUUUCCAAUCAAGGACAGGUUUAGGAGGAUGUUUAGAUCAAAGAGGAUGGCUGAAGAUCUGCGUUGGCACUAUACCAAUGCCACUGAAGACGGUACAAUGCGGCACCCCGUUGAUUCUAUCUCUUGGGCACAAGUGAAUGCUAAAUGGCCAGACUUUGCUGCUGAUCCACGGAAUCUUCGACUUGGGAUUUCCACAGAUGGGAUGAACCCUUUCUCCAUGCAAAGCACCAAUCACAGCACAUGGCCAGUGUUGUUAGUGAACUAUAACACGCCUCCAACCAUGUGUAUGAAGGCUGAGAAUAUAAUGUUGACUUUGUUGAUCCCUGGUCCUACUGCUCCUGGUAAUAACAUAGAUGUUUACCUAGCACCACUGAUAGACGAUCUAAAAGAUUUGUGGGCUGAGGGUAUUGAAGUGUAUGACUCAUUUGCGAAGGAGAAUUUUAAUCUCAGAGCCUUGCUGCUUUGGAGUAUCAGUGACUAUCCAGCCUUAGGAACACUGUCUGGAUGUAAAGUAAAGGGGAAACAAGCCUGCAAUGUAUGCGGAAAGGAUACACCUGCAAGGUGGCUUAAGUUUAGCCGCAAGUUUGUCUACAUGGGUAACAGAAGGAGACUACCGCCUGGCCAUCGUUACAGAUAUAAAAAAGCUUGGUUUGACAACACUGUGGAGGAAGUGAAUGCGAAUAGGAUACAAACAGGCGCUGAGAUAUAUGAAACACUACAAGCUUUUACGAAUGAUUUUGGUAGACCUCUAGAGAAGGAAAAAAAAAGGAAAAGACUAGAGUUGGAAGAUGAUGAGAGGGUAGUGGAAGAAGAGUGUGAUGAAUCAAAUGAACUAUGGCGGUGGAAGAAGAGAUCAAUAUUCUUUGAUCUACCUUACUGGAAGGAGUUACCUGUUCGUCACAAUAUUGAUGUUAUGCACGUAGAAAAGAAUGUGUCUGAUGCUAUAUUGUCUCUGUUGAUGCAAAGUGCGAAGUCAAAAGAUGGGUUGAAAGCAAGAAAAGACUUAGAAGAUAUUGGAAUCAGAAAGCACUUGCACACAGAGGUGAGGGGAAAGAAAACAUACUUACCUCCUGCUGCCUACUGGUUAUCGAAGAAAGAGAACCAGUUCACUUCCGCUGAUAUCAUGUUUCACCUACCAAUACAUCUAUCAAAAGAGGCACGCUUGGGAGGACCAGUUCACUUCCGCUGGAUGUAUCCCUUUGAAAGGUACAUGAAAACACUAAAGGCUUUUGUGAAGAAUUAUGCAAGGCCAGAAGCAUGUAUGGCUGAGGCGUAUUUGGCUGGAGAAUGCGUUGCAUUCUGUUUAGAGUUCCUUAAAGAUUCAGUACCAGUUCAAGAAGCAGUUAAUCGUAAUGAAGAUGUCGAGACUGACACAAUGGUGGUUGAAGGCCGACCUCUGCAGAAGGGUAUAGAGGUUACCCUUUCAGAUAAAGAUAGAGACAUUGCACAUCGCUAUGUGCUAAUGAACAUGGCAUCUUUGGAUCCAUUUCUUGAGAUGCAUUUGGAAGAGUUGCAAGCAAAGGAUGCUCGAUUGGCUAGAAAUGAAACUUUGUUAUGGAAAUACCAUACUGACCACUUUGCAGAAUGGCUUAAAAAUAAGAUUCAUUCAGACUCAACAGAUAGUCAUUCUAAGGAGAUAAGGUGGUUGGCAUUUGGGCCAAGAAAUGUUGCUUUAGCACAUAAAGGAUUCAUCAUCAAUGGCCAACGGUUUCAUACUGAUGCGGUCAAGCUGAAGACACAAAACAGUGGAGUAACUUAUGAAGCCUUUAGCAUGUGUAGAUCAAGUGCUCGAGAUAUGAGACAGGUCGCGGAUAUGAUUACAUACUAUGGAGUGAUAAAGGAGAUUUUGGUCAUCGACUAUCACAUGUUCAAAGUGCCACUCUUUAGAUGCAACUGGGCAAACACAGCGAAUGGUGUGAAGGAAGAAGAUGGCUUCACUCUUGUUAACCUUCAUAUGAACCAAGCAGCCUAUUUGAAAGAUCCAUUCAUUCUACCUUCUCAAGCAAAACAGGUUUUCUACUCUAGGGAGGAUGAUGCUUCAAAUUGGUAUGUUGUUAUGAGAGCACCACCUAGAGGUUAUCAUGAGUUGGAAACAGAAGAGGAUUUAGGUGGUGCUCCUUUACCUGUCCAAGAAGUUGAUGAUAUGGGUGAUGAAGCUUCAGAUGAUGAUAGUGUUUAUGUUAGGGAUGAUUGUGAAGGUUUAUUAGUGGUAGAUUAA